AUGGCAGCCUCACUGCAGGCCGCCGGCGAUACGUACAUGCUGACGGGGGCCCACUCACACUCGCUGAUGGCGCGGAGCAAUUGUGGCCGGCACCAGCAGCGGGUGGCAGCUAGAGAGACGGCCCAAGCUCUGAAGACGCUGGCCCAGGCUGCCCGUGGAGUGGCUGCAUCGACGAGUGACCCCGCAGCUGCACACGCCAUGUUAGAUUCUGCUCGCGAUGUGAUGGAGGGCUCAGCCAUGCUCAUCCAAGAAGCCAAGCAGGCCCUGAUUGCUCCUGGAGAUGCGGAGAGUCAGCAGAGGCUGGCCCAGGUGGCCAAGGCCGUCUCGCACUCUCUGAAUAACUGCGUGAAUUGCCUCCCCGGGCAGAAGGAUGUGGACGUGGCCUUGAAGAGCAUCGGGGAGUCCAGCAAGAAGCUACUUGUGGACUCGUUACCUCCAAGCACGAAGCCGUUCCAGGAAGCCCAGAGCGAACUGAACCAAGCAGCGGCCGACCUGAACCAGUCUGCUGGGGAGGUGGUCCAUGCGACCCGCGGGCAGAGCGGGGAGCUGGCUGCGGCCUCCCGGGAGUUUAGUGACGAUUUCGAUGAAUUCCUCGAUGCUGGCAUUGAGAUGGCGGGCCAAGCUCAGACCAAAGAAGACCAGAUCCAGGUGAUCGGGAACCUCAAGAAUAUCUCUAUGGCAUCCAGCAAGCUGCUGUUAGCUGCCAAGUCUCUCUCUGUGGACCCAGGAGCCCCCAAUGCGAAAAACCUCCUCGCUGCAGCUGCAAG